AUGUGUGUAGAUUACAGAGAUUUAAACAAGGCCAGCCCAAAGGAUAACUUUCCAUUGCCUCACAUAGACACUCUAGUGGAUAAUACGACAGGCUAUUCACUAUUCUCCUUCAUGGAUGGGUUCUCUGGGUAUAAUCAGAUCAAGAUGCAUCCUGAGGACAUGGAAAAAACCACAUUCAUAACUUUAUGGGGAACGUUUUGCUACAAGGUGAUGCCCUUCGGGCUGAAAAAUGCAGGAGCCACAUACCAAAGAGCCAUGGUAACCUUGUUCCAUGACAUGAUGCACAAGGAAAUUGAGGUCUACGCUGACGACUUGAUUGCAAAAUCCCGAACUGAAGAGGAGCAUGUGCGAGUGUUGAGGAAAUUGUUCCUGAGGUUGAGAAAAUUCCAAUUAAAGCUCAAUCCGUCAAAAUGCACCUUCGGAGCUAGGUCUAGAAAGUUACUUGGCUUCGUAGUCAGUGAGAAGGGAAUAGAAGUCGACCCUGAUAAAAUCAAGGCUAUACAGGGGCUGCCUCCGCCACGAACUCAGAAAGAAGUCCGAGGUUUUCUAGGGAGACUAAACUACAUCGCACGGUUUAUUUCGCAACUGACAGAUAAGUGCGACCCCAUAUUUCGUCUUCUUAAAAACCACAAUCCUGGGGUAUGGGAUGAUGAAUGCCAAAAAACCUUUGAAAAGGUUAAACAAUAUUUGUCUAGUCCCCCAGUGCUAACACCACCAAGCCCUGGUAGACCAUUGAUACUAUACUUAACAGUAUUUGAUAAUUCGAUGGGGUGUGUGCUCGGCCAACACGAUGAGACUGGGAGAAAAGAAAGAGCGAUAUAUUACCUCAGUAAAAAAUUUACUGAGUGUGAAAUGAGGUAUCCGCCAAUUGAGAAGCUAUGUUGUGCUUUGGUGUGGACAACACGAAGGUUGAGGCAAUACAUGUUGUACCAUACAACUUGGCUAAUCUCAAAGCUAGACCCUCUCAAAUACAUGAUGGAGUCAACCGCUUUAUAUGGAAGGAUGGCCCGGUGGCAGAUUCUGCUCUCCGAAUUUGACAUAGUCUAUGUAAACCAAAAAGCUGUGAAGGGGAGUGCAAUAGUAGAUUUCCUAGCCAGUAGAGCUUUGGAGGAUUAUGAACCUUUGAAUUUCAAUUUCCUCAAUGAAGAUCUAAUGUAUGUAGCAAUCGCUGAAGGGGACAUGCCUGAAAAUCAUUCCUGGAAAUUAAAUUUUGACGGAGCAUCAAAUGCCGUUGGAAAUGGAGUUGGGGUAGUACUAAUAUCCCCAAAUGGAGAUCAUUAUCCGUUCACUUGCAAGCUGGAUUUUGACUGCACAAAUAACAUGACAGAAUACGAGGUAUGUAUCAUGGGAAUUCGGGCAACUAUAGACCGCGAAAUCAAAGUAUUAGAAGUGUACGGAGACUCUGCAUUGGUAAUUUAUCAGCUUAAAGGCGAGUGGGAAACGAGAGAUCCCAAAUUGAUUAGUUACCGAAAGUUAAUCCUGGAGUUAAUUGAAAAGUUUGAUGAUAUUACCUUUCAUUACCUCCCGCGAAGCGAGAAUCAGAUGGCUGACGCCUUGGCUACACUGGCUUCCAUGGUCAAAGUAAAUGAACAGGAGGAUAUGAAGCCAAUUCAGAUGAGUAUUUGUGAGGCCCCAGCUCACUGCUGUAAUGUUGAUGAAGAGGAAGAGAGAGAUGAUCAUCCUUGGUAUCAUGAUAUCUUACAAUAUGUGAAGAGCCGUGCGUACCCAGAUAAAGCAACCGAAAAUGAUAAAAGAAUAUUGAGGAGGUUAGCCAGUGACUAUAUCCUAGAUGGUGAGGUCCUAUAUAAGAAGAGAAAGGAUCAGGUGUUGUUAAGAUGUGUUGACGCUGUUGAGGCAAAGAAAAUUCUAGAGGAAGUCCAUGAUGGUGUCUGUGGGACACAUGCCAAUGGUUUCAUAAUGGCUCGACAAAUUAUGAGAUUCGGAUAUUACUGGUCUACAAUGGAAGGAGAUUGCAUCAAUUACGCUAAGAAAUGCCACAAGUGUCAAAUUUAUGGAGACAAGAUCCAUGUGCCUCCUUCACCCCUCCAUGUUAUGACUUCCCCAUGGCCAUUCUCAAUGUGGGGCAUUGACGUCAUUGGGCCAAUUUCGCCAAAAGCUUCCAACGAACAUCGAUUUAUUUUUGUGGUUAUUGACUACUUUACUAAAUGGGUAGAGGCUGCUUCGUACGCCAAUGUCACAAAGUCGGCGGUCAGCAAGUUCCUGAAGAAGGAGAUCAUAUGUCGUUAUGGUAUGCCAGAAAGAAUCGUAUCCGACAACGCGUUGAAUCUGAACAAUAGCGCAAUAGCAGAAGUCUGCAGUUGGUUCAACAUUAAACAUCACUACUCAUCACCAUACCGCCCGAAAAUGAAUGGGGCGGUUGAGGCAGCUAAUAAGAAUAUCAAGAAGAUUGUGGGGAAGAUGGCGGAGACUUAUAAAGAUUGGCAUGAAAAGCUCCCAUUUGCCCUUUAUGCUUAUUGGACAUCUGUCAGAACUUCUACCGGGGCAACACCUUUCUCAUUGGUUUAUGGGAUAGAGGCAGUUUUACCUAUUGAGGUCGAAAUCCCUUCUCUCCGAGUUUUCUCAGAGUUGAAGUUAGACGAAGCAGAAUGGAUCCAAUCUCGUUACGAUCAACUAAACUUGAUUGAAGAGAAGAGGCUAAAGGCUAUUCGUCAUGGCCAAAUGUACCAGAAGAGAAUGAUGCGAGCCUACAACAAAAAAGUUCACCCUAGGGUGUUCCAUGAGGGAGACUUAGUGUUGAAAAAGAUUCUCUCUAUGCAAAAAGAUUUCAGGGGGAAAUGGAUGCCAAAUUGGGAAGGACCCUAUGUAGUAAAAAAGGCUUUCUUUGGAGGGGCAUUGAUACUAGCAGAGAUGGAUGGCAAAAGCUUGCCUAACCCGAUAAAUUCGGAUUCUGUCAAAAGAUAUUUUGCUUAA